AAAAACGUCUAUUCCUCUCCUCUCGAAACGCAGACGAGUCGACUUUGAUCCGAUCGCAUUAUUAGCUCAUCUAUAUCAAUUUUCUCAGCGCCGUUCCGGAGAAGAAACCGCUCGAUAUAUUCAAAAAAAAAUUAAAAUCGCCAAGAUGUGGCCAUUGUUGUUGCUCAUCUGCUACGGCUCGGUCGCCGCGACGCCGACGCCGACGGCGCCCAGGCACACCAAGGGCGUCCAAAUCAAAAACAACGGCAAGGAUCGCCUCUGGAUCGAGAUGACCAACGAGGACGCCUUCAGCCUGCCGCCCGGACAGAUGGCUUCGGUGAUAUUGGAGGACACGUGGUCGGGCAGGAUAUUCGCCAGGUCUGAGGAGUGCCAAUUCAAAAGGUGCGAAACGCCCUACACGACGGCCGAAUUGUCGUUCGACGGGGACGGGAAAGAGGACACAUACAAGGUGUCUCUAGCCGACGGUUACAAUGUCGCCAUGAAGAUCCAGCCGACUGGUCGCAGCACCUUCUGCAGGGUGGCGUCGUGCCGCCAGAACCUGCGUCGCGACUGCCCGGCGUCGCGCCAAAUCAAAGACGACGACGGCGCCGUCGUCGGAUGCGCCGCGACGUCCGAUGGGCGUCGCGACGUCUGCCCGCAGGCCGACCAGGCCUACUCCUGCAAAACGUCGGACACUUACGUGGUUUCUAUCGGUUGAUGAUGAAAGGAUGAAUGACGUUUUCGGAUACGUUUUUUUUGUUUUUAUUUUCUCUUUUUUUUUGUUAUUUUUUUCGCGAAUUAAUUUAAUUGUAAGGACUGACGACGAGGGGCGCUCGAAUUGUUUAUGUAUAACGUUUAGGGCGCCAUCUUGGCGACGGUUUCGACUUGACAGUCGCGGCUGUCAAAAUGGCGGAUCGAGUUGGUCACCAACCGCGGGUCAUUAUUUAUAUUUCUGCAUAUAUUUUUAUAACGUAGCGUUUAUACAGUAUUUUUAGUUAAUUAAGGCGAAUUUAAGUAAAUUAUUUUAUACAAAAUAAACGCAUUGAAUCAUUCGAGCUCGACUUUUCUACUACUAGUUAUACAGUGAAUCAAAGUUAUUAGCGUAGGCGUGAGGUCACCUGUUUCGAGACUCGGAGAUCGCGGGUUCG